CUUUUCCUUCCGACAACACUGGCCGAGUGCGGGCAGCCGUGCUGCUCAGGAACAUCAGCUAAUUCGUGUACAGUACGUUAAAAAAAGCGCUGUAUUCGCAGUACCGCGGUGAGCUAGGGAGCAUCCGGGCGCGUCUGUUCUCCUCUCCCAACUUUAUUUUUUUUUUUUUUGCUUCCGCACGUUUCCGUUUGCUCUCUCGCCUUGAACGCUGAAGAAAUAUAAUCCGGUUUGUGUUGCGCGCUGCGAAGCUAGCUAGCUACUUCUGGAGUGAGGCUCGGGCAGAAUGGAGCUGAUCGCAAUCCUCGAAAAAACGGUCUCUCCAGAUCGAAAUGAACUGGAGGCUGCGCAGAAGUUUCUGGAGCAGGCGGCGAUCGAAAACUUGCCAACGUUCCUGGUGGAGCUGUCCAAGGUACUGGCCAACCCUGGGAACAGCCAGGUGGCACGCGUUGCAGCAGGGCUCCAGGUCAAAAACUCCCUCACCUCCAAGGACCCAGACGUGAAGACCCAGUACCAGCAGAGAUGGCUGGCCAUCGACAGCAACGCCCGUCGGGAGAUCAAGAACUACGUCCUGCAGACCCUGGGCACAGAGACGUACCGGCCCAGCUCAGCCUCUCAGUGCGUGGCCGGCAUCGCCUGCGCCGAGAUCCCCGUCAACCAGUGGCCGGAGCUCAUUCCCCAGCUGGUGGCCAACGUCACAGACCCCAGCAGCACGGAGCACAUGAAGGAGUCCACCCUAGAGGCCAUCGGUUACAUCUGCCAGGACAUUGACCCAGAGCAGCUGCAAGAGAACGCCAACCAGAUCCUGACCGCCAUCAUCCAGGGCAUGCGAAAGGAGGAGCCCAGCAACAACGUCAAGCUGGCCGCCACCAACGCACUGCUCAACUCCCUGGAGUUCACCAAAGCAAACUUCGACAAAGAGACCGAAAGACACUUUAUAAUGCAGGUAGUCUGUGAAGCAACGCAGUGCCCGGACACCAGAGUACGAGUUGCUGCCUUACAGAAUCUGGUGAAGAUAAUGUCACUGUAUUAUCAGUACAUGGAGACGUACAUGGGGCCUGCUCUGUUCGCAAUCACAAUAGAAGCCAUGAAAAGUGACAUUGAUGAAGUCGCCUUACAAGGAAUCGAGUUCUGGUCCAACGUUUGUGACGAAGAGAUGGACCUGGCUAUAGAGGCGUCUGAAGCAUCUGAGCAGGGUAGACCUCCAGAACACACCAGCAAGUUCUAUGCCAAAGGAGCCCUGCAGUACCUGGUGCCCAUCCUUACUCAGACGCUCACCAAGCAGGACGAGAACGACGACGAUGACGACUGGAACCCCUGCAAGGCGGCCGGCGUGUGCCUGAUGCUGCUGGCCACCUGCUGCGAAGACGACGUGGUGCCGCACGUGCUGCCCUUCAUCAAGGAGCACAUCAAGCACCCGGACUGGCGCUACCGCGACGCCUCCGUCAUGGCCUUCGGCUCCAUCCUGGAGGGCCCCGAGCUCAACCAGCUCAAACCGCUCGUCAUCCAGGCGAUGCCCACGCUCAUCGAGCUGAUGAAGGACCCCAGCGUGGUGGUGAGGGACACCACGGCCUGGACGGUGGGCCGCAUCUGCGAGCUGCUCCCCGAGGCCGCCAUCAACGAGGUUUACCUGGCGCCGCUGCUGCAGUGCCUGAUCGAGGGCCUGGGAGCAGAGCCGCGCGUGGCCUCCAACGUGUGCUGGGCCUUCUCCAGCCUGGCAGAGGCCGCCUACGAAGCAGCUGAUGCUGCUGAGGACCAGGAGGAGCCCAGCACCUACUGCUUGUCGUCGUCUUUUGAGAUUAUCGUACAGAAGCUGCUGGAGACCACAGACAGGCCCGACGGGCACCAGAAUAACCUGAGGAGUGCAGCAUAUGAAGCCUUAAUGGAGAUUGUGAAGAACAGCGCCAAGGACUGCUACCCCGCCGUACAGAAGACCACGCUGGUGAUCAUGGAGCGGUUACAGCAAGUGCUGCAGAUGGAGUCUCACAUCCAGAGCACAUCAGACCGAAUCCAGUUCAACGACCUGCAGUCUUUGCUGUGCGCAACUCUGCAGAACGUGCUGCGGAAGGUGCAGCACCAGGACGCGCUGCAGAUUUCGGACGUGGUGAUGGCCUCGCUGCUGCGCAUGUUCCAGAGCACGGCUGGGUCCGGGGGUGUGCAGGAGGACGCCCUCAUGGCCGUCAGCACCCUCGUGGAAGUUCUGGGAAGUGAUUUCUUAAAAUACAUGGAUGCAUUCAAACCUUUCCUUGGUAUUGGACUGAAGAAUUACGCCGAGUAUCAGGUGUGUCUGGCGGCCGUGGGCCUGGUGUGUGACCUGUGCCGAGCGCUGAUGACCAACAUCCUGCCUUACUGUGACGAGAUCAUGCAGCUGCUGCUGGAGAACCUGGGCAACGAGAAUGUACACAGGUCUGUGAAGCCCCAGAUUCUGUCUGCAUUCGGAGACAUCGCUCUUGCCAUCGGGGGCGAGUUCAAGAAGUACCUGGAGAUUGUGCUGGACACCCUGCAGCAGGCAUCGCAGGCCCAGGUGGAUAAGACUGACUAUGACAUGGUGGACUACUUGAAUGAGCUACGGGAAGGUUGCCUGGAGGCCUACACUGGGAUUAUUCAGGGCCUGAAAGGGGACCAGGAAAACGUGCAUCCGGACGUGAUGCUGGUGCAGCCGCGUGUGGAGUUCAUCCUGUCCUUCAUCCACCACAUCGCUGAGGAUGAGGACCAUUCUGACGGAGUCGUAGCCAACGCUGCUGGACUUAUAGGAGACCUGUGUACGGCCUUUGGGAAGGACGUCAUGAAGCUGGUGGAGGUACGGCCCCUCAUCAACGAGCUGCUGACUGAGGGCAGGAGAUCGAAGACCAGCAAAACCAAGACCCUGGCCACCUGGGCCACCAAGGAGCUGCGCAAGCUAAAGAACCAGGCCUGAUUGCACCCUGGUCAGGAGAACAUGCUGAGAAUGCCCCACUGGAAUUUCUUCUGUCUUUUCGCAAAACGAGUUAAAGCAGAAGUGAAGAGUGUGCUGAGAUGUGAGUGUCUGAGAAUGUAAGAGUGAGUGAGUGAGGCUUUAUACCAUACCACCUUCUGAGUACAAUUCCAGCCGUUGCCGCUCCGCAGCGUCCACUCGGCCACCACCAGACUGAAUCAGACACGACGACAUGGACACCACAAUCUGGACAGCUGUAGCCAGCUAGUUCAGGAGCUCUUAAACCAAGAUCAGUCAGCGACAGGGAAAAAAAAGGAUUACCAGAGUAGACAAAAAAAAAACUGCCAAACAUGGAGUUUCUUUUCCGCAAAACAAAAGGACUUGACUUUUUUGCUCUUUGACUGGUCUGUGGGAAGACUUUUUACAAGCACUUCAGGGUGCGGACUUCAAAUGGAGAAACGAGAAUUUAAACAGAUGCAUUUUAAUUGAGAAAUGAUUUUGGAUAGCAAAAUUGGUUGCGCUGCUGGAGUUGAAGAAGGCUUAAAUGGGGGAAACGAGAAAAGACUACAAUUGGAUGUGGUGGCCCGUCUCCUUUGACAUGUCUGUGUAAGCCGUUUGCCUUGUUCUUGCAUGGGAGACCUGCUGAACUUGGCCUGGCCAUGAGAAGCAAGUGUGUUUGUGUGAGUGAGAGAGAGGAAUCCACUCUCUUCACUUCCCAGUAAUAGAGAAAAAACUCAAUGCAAAUACA